CGAGGACUCAUUCGGAAAUCACCAAGCCACGCCGCACGCCGACUCAUGAUCAAACCUUGGGGCUUACUGUAAGCGCGGUGUCUCCACUUAGAUACAUACAACAAUGGCUGCGUACAAAAACCACCGCUCUGCCCUUCACACUGGGUUGUUUUUUUCCUCAACCUCAACGGUACACACUCAUCAGUCGUUCCUUAUCGAUCCCUUAGUGGACAGUCACUCCUUUCGUAUAGCUCUGGAGCUAUUUGCAAACUACGCACCUUCAUUCAUUGCUCCAUUGCUUCAUUACCAAAAAAAGCCUUCAUUCAUUCUUCACUGCAGCUGAAUCCCCCGUUCCAAAACCGUUCACAUCUAUCCACCCACCGUGCCCGCCAUGUCCAAACUCCUCAACACCGGCGCUCUCCUCGCCGCCCUCCUCUCCACCGCCGCCGGCCACACCGCUGUCGAAGAAUGGCAAGUCGGCGGCAAAACCUACCCCGGCUUCUACGCCGGCUCCAAGCAAGACCCGGGCAACGACUCACCCGCCUGGUGGACCAACCAAGGCUGGGGUUACCAGCCCGUCUACGGGGACCAGAUCAACAACCCCGACAUCAUCGCGCACAUGGACGCCUCCCCGUCACCCUACACGGCCAAGGCGCCCGCGGGUUCCAAAGUCACCUUCAAGUGGCACCACACGGGGACGUGCGACGGCGGCGAGGAGGGCUGGGACUGCAGCCACCACGGCUGGACGUCGACAUACCUCGCCCCCUGCCCCGGCGACUGCGCCGACGUCGACAAGACGGCGCUCGAGUUCUUCAAGAUCGACCAGUCGUCGCUGAUCGACUACCGCGAGGGGCGCUACUCGCAGGGCGCGCCGCAGGAGCAGACGGGCUACUGGGGCACCGACGCGAUUUUCUACGACAACGACAACGCGCAGAGCGUCACCAUCCCGCAGGAUAUCCCGAGCGGGAACUACGUCCUGCGCACCGAGGUCGUGUCGAUCCAUAACAACGGCGACGUGGCGAAUAGGCAGUUCUGGCCACAGGCCUUCAAUAUCAAGGUCACCGGCGGCGAUGACAGUGCGCAGAUGCCGGCGGGCAAGAAGGGUACUGAGCUCUACUCCGCGGACGAUGAGCUGCUGCAGUGGGAUCUGUACUGGCAUGAGGCUGACAAGACGUUCGCUGAUGCGCCGGGGCCUGCGCUUGCUGAGUGUGCGAGCAUGGCUGCUGGCUCGAAGGCGCGCAGGAGCCAUGCUAGGGACUUCUCGACCUAGCCUUUCCAAGUUCUCACUGGCGGCGAUUGAGGGGGUCAAACUGCAGGGGUAAGGAGGAAAAUUUUCGAUUCAUUGGGGACGUUUGUCAUAUCUUGCUCGUGACUGGUCUCACACUUUUUGAAGUUGUCAUGACCGUUACGAUUUUCUUCAUGUACAUACCUAUAUAGCCAAAACUUUGCAUCCAAUACGUGUUGCUCAAGUAACGCAUCAUCAAG